UGGCUGUACAAAACCGUGCAUAUUUAUAACUCAAAAACAAUUAUUUUUAAUACUCAUAUUAUAACAAAUAAAUAUAACACAUCAUCGUUGAUGAUCAAGAACUUGUGAAUUUAGUUUAUCGAGCCUCUUUCUUUUGAGAGAAGCAUCAUGGAUAUUCAAUCUUACCGCAGAUUAUUUUUCUUCUGUCUUUUUCUGUCGCUGCUUGUUUCCAUUCUGUAUUUUCAGGCCCAAAUUCCGGCUUAUACGUCUGAUCCAAAUGAUUCACCCAGCUACGCUGUAACACCAAGGAAAUUUAUGGGACAUAAUGAUCUAAGAGGGGGACAAGCGCCCCGAGAGAAAUUUACGAUCAUUCGCUUCAUGCACUCAAGAUUGAAGUCGAUGAGCCAGGAAACUGAGCCUCCCAAUGACGUGACUGAGUUCUGCCAAGUGCCCUAUGACUGCAUAGUGUACAGUGAUUUGAAUAAAUAUUUGCCUAUUUCGGAGCUUCAUAACUUUUCGGCUGCUCUUGUUGGAGGUCCAGGCAAAAAGAGAAGCGAAGUGUUCCUGAGGUCAAUGGGAAUUGACGUAGAUCACCGUCCCAGAGGUCAGUACUGGAUAUCCUUGGAUAGUGAGAGUGCAAUCAAUCCAGGAGUGAGAUCAUCAAUCACGCCUUACACUCAAACUAAUAUCAACUGGACUGCUACUCACGGAGACAAUGUCACAUUUUAUUUCGGAGGCACAAACACUGAAAAACUAAAAACACCAACACCUCCUCACCAAGUUGAAAAUGAGGCCAGAAAGUUUUUCAACAACAAGACUAAGUUGGUUUGUUGGGCGAUGAGUAAUUGCGGGCUGACUUGGACGAAUAGGAACCAGUUGGCGAUUGACCUGAUUAAAAAUAUGCCGUCAGAUGACAGUUUUCAUUUUUUCGGAAGUGGAACCUCCUGUUUGGCACAAGCGAAGGGACGAUUCGUUGAGCAUGGUAAGGUUGCAGGCAAACAAGUAGGCCUACAAGCUGAAAUCAAGGACUGUUUCUUCUAUCUUUCGUUUGAAAACUCCAAUUGUUCACAUUACAUCACGGAGAAGUUCGGAAAUGGUUUGGGAGGGCACGCCGUUCCUAUCGUAAAUGGAUGGAGACAAAGCUACCAGGAGUUAUUGCCAGGUUCCUUCAUCCACGCAAAAGAUUUUCCUAGUGGCAAAGAGUUAAGCGAGUACCUGCAGUAUCUGAGCAAGAAUUUCGAAGCGUACUUCGAGUACCACAAGUGGAGACAGUCAUAUAGAAUUAAUGGGGCUGACCAGUGGAGCACUCUUUAUUGCCAAAUAUGUCGGAAGCUGAAGGAAGAAAAAGAUGACGGAUAUCGACGUCAAUACAGGGUGCCAGACCUCAAAAAAUUCUAUACCAAUUUUCAAACUUGCAAACGCGACUGAAGCGAGUCUUGGCUGUCAUGAUGUUGCUUUGAUGUUCAAAAGUUUUAAUCGCGUUCAAUCUUUGCAAUUUUAAUCUUUCGAUCAUUUGAUCAUUGAAAUUAAAAAAGUAUUUGAGCUAGCCGCAGAAAUCAUCAAUUAG